GCGCUUUCACUGCGAAUAACAGGUUGCCCCUCUAUAUGCACUGAGUGUUUAUCUUUGUGUCUUUUCUGCUUUGUGUUUUUUCUUCUUGUCUUGGGUUUCCUAUUCCUUCGGUGUCGUGCCCAUUGACAGCGCAAAGCUGCACGUUUGCAGGCCUCGCUUUGAACCUACGGAAGGCCAGCCGCUCCGUCCUGUUUCUAAUAUGUAGCGGAAUGGAGGAGUCUCCCCUAAAUCAAGCUCAUCGAGAAGAUAGACGUGCGCAACAGCACUUGAAGGGCGGAAGGUUUAACGAAGCUGUCAAAUGUCACCAGCUAGCUGCUAAGUAUAUUGAGGAUGCUAUGAAAGUAACUUCUUCGCCACGAGCCCUCGAGUCUCUAGUAUUGCAGAAAGAAUUCCACGUAAGACAGCUGGAAAUCGUUGAACUUAAGAAAACUCAGCUUGGUUUGCUGAAAAAGGCAUUAGAAAACAAAAGAAAAAUAAUGGCGCAUUUGAGAGAAAAGAUGCUGAUUGGAGAUCAUAAAGGUCAGGAGCCUAAAAACCUCCAAACAGCAAUUUACAGAACAAUGCAAGAGGCUGAUUCCUUGCUUAUUGAACUCCUUGGAGGAGCUGCCAGUGAAGACACUGUCGAUGGUACAAAUCAAGAGACCUCUGACCAAGACUCAACGCCAGCACUUAAUCCUCUGGGAAGUAAACAUCCUAAGGAAGAUCGUGUAGUUAUUGAAGAGCUGCAUACUUUAAACAAUCAGCUUCGAGACCUCAUAAAUGCUCUAAUGACACAACUUGAUGAAAGUGAGCGGGAGAACAAGGCUUUACGCAUACGAAUAACCGAACUUGAAAGUGAACUUGUGAAAAGCAAUCAAGCUCAUAUUUCUAAUGAACCUGUUGGUCUUCAAGUUAUCACUGAUUCUACUGGUGGAAACUUUUCACCUUUUGUCCUUUCACCAGUUAGCCAAUUAAGUCCAGAUGCAGCAGAUACUAGAGAGCUGCCCCCACUGGCUCCUUUAGAAAUGCCUAAAUUUGACUACACUUUGUAGAUUAGUAAAACCUUAUAUAAAAUUAGGAAGAACCCUGAAGUAUUUAUUGCUUUUUUGUACCCUCAUUGCAUGUUAAUUAACUAAGGGGAAUACAAGGUAUCAUUGGCAAACUGUAUUUAUACUUUAAAAAUAAUAUUGGAUCGGAAUAUAUGUAGUUGAAUGUAAUACUGGUUAUAGAAAUCAGUUGUAGAUUAAAUGGCAGAGAUAAAAUUAGUUGAGUAUGUUUCAUUUUAUUAGAAAUCAAACCAAUAAAAACGAAUUACCUUUA